AUGGCAGCGACUCGGAGGUUGGCGCUUCUUCUCUGCGUGGCGUUGGCGGCGUCCAGGUGUCUGGCCAGCGAGGACGAGCAUCACGAGUCGACGGCGAGCAGCGAUCACCAAGACGUCCCCAGCUCGGGGAACGGGACAAGCUCGGGUCACGACUCCUCCACGGGCUCGGGUCACGACUCCUCCACGGGCUCGGGUCAUGACUCCUCCACGGGUUCGGGCCACGACUCGACGGGUUCGGGCGAACACGAUUCGGGUCAUGGAGGAGGCCCCGUCACCACGCUGCCCAUCGUGUCCUGGAAGUGGCACCACGUCUCCACCCCAUACCUGGUGGCCCUGUGGAUCCUGGUCUCCUGGAUCUGCAAACUCAUCAUCGAGGCCAACCACCAUGUGACCAACAUCAUCCCGGAGAGCGCCCUGCUCAUCUGCUUCGGCUUCGUCCUGGGGGGCAUCAUCUGGGGGGCGGACAAGACCCAGACCUUCACGCUCACGCCCACCGUCUUCUUCUUCUACCUGCUGCCUCAGGUCAUCCUGGACGCCGGCUACUCGAUGCCCAACAAGCUCUUCUUCAGCAACAUGGGCGCGAUCCUGGUGUACGCCGUCAUCGGGACCUGCUGGAACGCUGCCAGUCUGGGGCUGUCGCUGUGGGGCUGCCACAUGGGGGGAGCCAUGGGCGACCUGGACAUCGGCCUGCUGCAGUACCUGCUGUUCGGCAGCCUGAUCGCCGCCGUGGACCCCGUCGCCGUCAUCGCCGUGUUCGAGCAGGUGCACGUGAACGAGGUCCUGUUCAUCCUGGUGUUCGGGGAGUCGCUGCUCAACGACGGCGUCACGGUGGUGCUCUUCAAUGUGUUUGACGCGUUCGUGUCUCUGGGGGGAGCCAAAAUCAACGCAGUGGAGAUCAUCAAAGGAAUAAUCUCCUUCUUCGUGGUGGCGUUCGGCGGCUCCCUCGUCGGCUUCGUCUUCGGCCUCCUGAUUUCUCUGCUGACCAGAUGCACCAAGAACAUCCAGAUCAUCGAGCCGGGCUUCGUGUUUGUCCUCGGAUACCUGGCCUAUCUGACCGCCGAGAUGCUCUCGCUGUCCGCCAUCCUGUCCAUCGUGUUCUGUGGGAUGUGCUGUCAGAAGUACAUCAACGCCAACAUGGACGAGAACUCGGUCCAGACGGUCCGCUACGCCAUGAAGGUUUUCGCCAACGGCUCGGAGACCAUCAUCUUCGUCUUCCUCGGCAUCUCGGCCAUCGACAAGACGCUGUGGGUCUGGAACACCGGCUUCAUCCUUCUCACGCUGCUCUUCGUCAUCGUCUACAGGUUCAUCGGUGUGUUCUUCCUUACCUGGAUCCUGAACAAGUUCCGGCUGGUUCCCAUCGAGGUCAUCGACCAGGUGAUCAUGAGCUACGGAGGCCUGCGAGGCGCCGUCGCCUACGGCCUGGCCAUGAUGCUGGACGAGAACAAGAUCAAGGAGAAGAACCUGAUGGUCUGCACCACCCUCAUCGUCGUCUACUUCACCGUCAUCAUCCAGACGCCCAACGGAAAGUCGAUGGACAAGACUAGAAGCUACUACUCCGGAGACGAAGAUUUUGAGUUCUCAGAAGGAGACAGCGCCUCCGGCUUCGACCCGGCGUUCAACUCGAUGCCCAUGAGAGUCGCCUACAGACCCGGAGCCGGCAUCGAGAACCCGGUCUUCAUACCGGACCUGGACCCGUCGUCAGUGCAGAUCCCCCCCUGGCUGGCCGAGGCGGAGCCGGGCGGCGCCGCCGUGGCUCCGUCCCAGAGGGCUCAGGUGAGGCUGCCGUGGACGCCCAGCAGCCUGCAGCGCCUGGCGCCGCUCCGGAUCAGCACCAGGUCCACCGAUUCCUUCAUGCUGGCCGACCGGCCCGACGGUCAGCGCAGGGAGGACGACCUACCGCCGCCUCCCUCUCCUCCCCCGUCUCCUCCUCCCCUGCCUCCUCAUCACCCUCGUCAUCAUCACAUGUAGCAGUAUCCUCUUCAUCCUCCUCCUCCUCAUUGUCUUCCUCCUCAUCUUCCUCCUCCUCCUCCAUCAGUUGCCAAAGACUCGACCUCAGACUGACGUUUUUCUUUUUCUAAUCUGACUAAAAGUGAAAACCAGGAGCUUCUCAUCCCUGAAUGUGAAAAAAUGUCCAAAAAAAAAUGAACUUAUUUCAAGCAAAACCGUGUGUGAAGAUAAUUCAAAGAGGGAUUUAAUCGUAGCGACGCCGAAUCAAGUCUCGAGUGUGUUUCUCUCAGGUUCUGUAUAUUAAACUUGAAGAAUUAAAAACUGCUGUAAAAAUGUCAGAUAGACACGUAUUUAUUCACAGGUUUAGAAAUUCUGCACAUGAUUCUGUGGAGCGAAAGGCGUGACUGAAUAUACUGGAUUUAGAAAUAAAAAUAAGGAAGCGUUUGGUUUCUGUGGAGUCGAUAUUUAAGCCUGAACAAAUGCAAAAAUAUGUGUGUUUUAUAUAUGCAAGCAAUGUGCAAAAAGGAUUCAAGAUUCUGGACAAAAAACAUGUAAACCAGGAGUCUGUUGUUAAUGCUGCCAAGAGCGUUUAUUCUUCAUUUCAUCAUUACUAUACGAGUUAAUAGAAGUUUAAGAAGACAUUUGGUCCAUUAUUGUGUAUUUUAAUUACGUUUUUAAUCAUAAACUCAAAGAAAUCAACAACAAUUUUGAUUUCCAAUUAAUUUUGGGUCUUUUUUUAGGCAUAAAAACAGGAUUAGACUUAAUCAAUUAAAUGUGAUAUUUGUGGACUGAUAGUGACAAAGAAUUGCACAGAAUUAAAUAACAUCGUGAUAAAUUAGUACAAAAACACUGCUGUACAUUGUUGUAGUUAGUUUGAAGUGUUUAAAUUUGUGAGAAAUAUGCAACAAGAAUUCAAAACUCUGGAUUAAAAACAUAAAUAUCUUCA